AUGGCCACUGAUUCUAUUCUUGGUAGAUUAACACCUACUCAAGUUAUGGAACUGACAAAAGCAUUUAUGGAAUUUGAUUUAAAUACAAUUGUUUUUAUUUCAAUUAAAUUAAUGAGAGAAAGUCUUAGACGAGCAAAUAUGUCACCUUCAGAUGCUGAAAUUUAUCAAGUUAUGGCAAAAAUGGAUUUUAAUCGUGAUGGUGUUGCAUCAUAUGACGAAUUUAUGAGAUUUAUGUCUACUAUAAGUCAUAACCUACCAUAUCACAAUCAACCAUGGCGAUAA